AUGUCGUACUCCAAGAAGCCUGUUGAAGGCGCCACCCAUUUGGAGACGAAGGAUGAACCGCAAAUCUUCCCUGGCAAGACCGACGAGGUCUAUUCUGUGGCCUUGACAGAUGCCGUUGCCAAGGAUAACCAGUCUAUGCUAAGUAGGAACAUGAUAAAGUUAUACUUGAUCAUGGUCCUUGUGACGUUGACAAGUUGCAUGAAUGGCUACGACGGCUCAGUCAUGAGCUCCUUAAACGCCAUGGACCCUUUUCAUACAUAUUUCAACAUAUCUAUGGAAGGCUCCAGCAUCGGAGCGGUCACUGCCCUAUAUAGUGUUGGAAACAUUAUCGGCUGCAUGUUUGCCAGUCCAGCCUCAGAUAUCAUGGGCCGUCGAUUUGGCAUGUCAAUGGGAUGUAUAGUAAUCGUGAUUGGGACCAUAAUCCAAGCUACCACCAAGGCUAUUGGUGGAUUCAUGGGCGGACGCUUGUUGGUUGGAUUGGGUGUCACUCUUGUCACCAUAUCCGUUCCUAUAUACCUCAUUGAAAUCGACUACCCGACAUGA